GAACCUGGAUUGACCUGGGGGUGGGUGUCUACUUCCAGCACUGUUGAGCCCAUCUUUCCCAGACCAGUCCUGGCCGCUCUUGCCAAAGGAAUGUGACACUACAACUCCCUCCUCCAAACCUCAGUUCCAACCCUGUGUGGUCAGAUAAUCCCCAAUGCACGGACUUCCUUCAGGAUCCAGGUCAGAGGGGAUCCCAGUCUCCCUCCAGCCUGGGACCCCAGGCUUUCAGUCUGCCCUGGAGGUCAGCCUGGAGACCAGUGCUGUUAUGACCAUCCCAAGGCUGGCCACCCACCCCCUCUUUUCUUCUCUAAGGACAGGGGCAGAGUGGACGGUAGCUCUCACCCUCUCUAUAUGGGCAGCUUCUGGCUGAGUCAGGGUCUGUCCGACAUCUCUUACCCCUUACUGUUUGUUUGGCCUGGUACCUGUCCUCUCAUCUUAUCAGGUGGUUAAAAAUAGCUACCAUUUAUUGAGUACUACUAUGUAGACACUUAGAUGCAUUUUUGUCAUGUAAUCCUGGCCACAACCUAGCAGAAGAGGUGUUAUUAUGUCCAUCCUACAGAAGAGGAAAGAGAUUCAGAUUUGAAUCACUUGUCCAAAGCUCCAUGGAUGGUUGGGUGUUUAGUAACAUUUAUUAAGUGCUUACUGUGUACCACUUAGUACUCUGCUAAAUAAUUUUACUACAUUAUACCUAUGAAAUGAGCACUAUUAUUAUUCCCCAUUUUUCAUAGGGGAGCCGAAGCCUCAGAAAGUUCAAGUAACUUGCCCCAAAUCUCAUAGCCCUAAGUGGUAAAAGCAGGAUUUGAAUCCGGGUCUACAUGAUCCAGAGACCACAACCUGACCUCCGUGCUAUACUGUGCUGCGUUUGCAUUCUGUCUGAGAUCCUAAAAUCCAGACUUGACGCUACAUCCCAGCGCUGUGAAGUGAUGCGGAUGAAAGUGCUUUGUGACAGUUGAGGGGCAACCCAGGAUGAGCAGCUCAGCCUGGUCCUCUGCCGUAUGGUCCUCUGCCGACGUGCAGAGCAAGGCGCUUCCAGCCCCAUGACAGUCCCUGCUGUGCUGAGCCACUGCUGCUGCUGGGAGCCGGUUAUAUCAAUCCUUCAGGUGUGCUGGGGAGAAAGGGAUUGACAUCCACCUUCUGAGCACACUUCUACUCUGCUUCUCCCCAACUAGGGCUAAGCCUACAGCAAACAGAUGAUUUCUAAACAAACCCGCAUUUGGGCAGCAGGUGAUGACAGUUGCAGUCUGUUCAUGCAACCCCCGCUUGCUCUUUUUCCUCUUUUGAGGGACCUACCUAACAGCAAACAACAGCAGAAAUAAAAUGACCAAGUGAGGAUUUAUUACCAGCAAUUUAAGCUGAUCAAGACAUACCUGGUGAUUCUGGGCAAGAAACCUGACAUCCCCGAGCUUCUGUUUCCCUAUUGGAUUGUCGUGAGGACUAAAUGAGAUCAGCCAUCAAAGUUCGGGACCAUGACCUUGGACCCUCCCAGGAGAACCCUUCUGAUGCUACUGACAGCCUUGGGCCUGACCCAGGGCGACCCCGUGAAGCCCUCUCGGGGCCCGCUGGUGACCUGCACGUGUGAGAACCCACACUGCAAAGGGCCUACCUGCCAGGGGGCCUGGUGCACAGUAGUGCUGGUGCGGGAGGAGGGCACACACCUCCAGGAACAUCGGGGCUGCGGGAACCUGAACCAGGAGCUCUGCAAGGGGCGGCCCACCGAGUUCUUCAACCACUACUGCUGCUACAGCCCCUUCUGCAACCACAACGUGUCCCUGGUGCUGGAGGCCACCCAGACUCCGCCAGAGCCGCCGCAAGAAGAUGGCCAGCUGCCUCUCAUCCUGGGCCCCGUGCUGGCCUUGCUGGUCCUAGUGGCUCUGGGUGCCCUGGGCCUGUGGCAUGUCCGGCGGAGGCAGGAGAAGCAGCGGAGCCUGAACAGCGAGCUGGGCGAGUCCAGCCUCAUCCUGAAGGCAUCCGAGCAGGGGGACAGCAUGCUGGGGGACCUCCUGGACAGUGACUGCACCACCGGCAGUGGCUCAGGGCUCCCCUUCCUGGUGCAGAGGACAGUGGCGCGGCAGGUGGCUCUGGUGGAGUGUGUGGGAAAGGGCCGCUAUGGCGAGGUAUGGCGGGGCCUGUGGCACGGUGAGAGUGUGGCCGUCAAGAUCUUCUCCUCGAGGGAUGAACAGUCCUGGUUCCGGGAGACUGAGAUCUACAACACGGUGCUGCUCAGACACGACAACAUCCUAGGCUUUAUCGCCUCGGACAUGACUUCCCGCAACUCAAGCACGCAGCUGUGGCUUAUCACGCACUACCACGAGCAUGGCUCGCUCUACGACUUUCUGCAGAGGCAGACGCUGGAGCCCCAGCUGGCCCUGAGGCUAGCCGUGUCCGCGGCCUGCGGCCUGGCGCACCUGCACGUGGAGAUCUUCGGCACGCAGGGCAAGCCGGCCAUCGCCCACCGCGACCUCAAGAGCCGCAACGUGCUGGUCAAGAGCAACCUGCAGUGCUGCAUCGCGGACCUGGGCCUGGCUGUAAUGCACUCCCAGGGUAGUGACUACCUGGACAUCGGCAACAACCCGCGCGUGGGCACCAAGAGGUACAUGGCCCCCGAGGUGCUGGAAGAGCAGAUCCGAACCGACUGCUUCGAGUCCUACAAGUGGACGGACAUCUGGGCCUUUGGCCUGGUGCUGUGGGAAAUCGCCCGCCGGACCAUUGUCAAUGGCAUCGUGGAGGACUACAGGCCCCCCUUCUAUGAUGUGGUGCCCAAUGACCCCAGCUUUGAGGACAUGAAGAAGGUGGUGUGUGUUGACCAGCAGACCCCCACUAUCCCCAACCGGCUGGCUGCAGACCCGGUCCUCUCAGGCCUGGCUCAGAUGAUGCGGGAGUGCUGGUACCCAAACCCCUCUGCCCGCCUCACUGCGCUGCGGAUCAAGAAGACACUGCAGAAGCUCAGCAACGGUCUCCAGAGGCCCAAAGGGAUUCACUAGCCACAGGCCUGAAGCCUGACUCCCCUCUGCCUGCAGUGUGUGUGGUGGCAGUGGAUGGUGGCCUGUCUGGGUAGAGGUUCUGUGAGUGUGUGUGCUGGGGAGGGGAGUGCCCCUCUGUGGGCAGCUGUGCCUGCCCAACUCGGCCCCCAGCCCAUCCAGCCAAAAAUACAGCUGGGCUGAAACCCGAUCCCCGCACCCGCCGCGCGCGCCGUCUGGCCUGCUCAAAGCAGCAGGCUCCCUGACGCCGGGUUCCCCCCCACUCCCCCGCCUCCCACACCCUGGGUGCACCCCCCUACCACCCCCAGGACCUGAUGCAAAAGAGGCCUCAGAGCCAGGGUGGCCUGCACUUUACCCCCUGCUGUCAGUCAACCCCACUGCCCCACCGGAGCUGCCAGGGUGGCACAGGGCCCCGUCCAGCCUUCAGUAGACACCCUGCCCUGCCAGGCUUUAGCCUCUGUCCCAAGCCCCGGACACCCAGGCCCAUGGGUUUUUCUCCGUGGGUUUGUAUCUCAGCUCCAGGCCGCCUUGGGCCUCUAUCUCCUAGACAAGACCCCUGCCAGCUGAAUGCUAGCUGCCCAAGAGAGCGGGGGGCCUGAUCCUGGGCCCCUGCUCCACUCCCCUCCUAGCUGACUUACUGUGGUGUUAAACCCAAGGAGUCUUGCUGCGGGCGUGGCAGAGUCAUAGGCCAGUGGAGAGGUGGCAGGUCAGAUGGGCAAGGCCCAGGACUUUCAGAAUAAACUGAGAGGAUGUUGGAGCCAAGCAUGGCUGUCGGGGAAGGGCUCAGCUGGGCGUCAGGAGACCCAGGGUCUGGUCCGGGUGCUUGCUCUACAGGACAAGAAGGAGGGCUUCGCUGGCCCAGGACCUUUGUUUCUUUAACUACAUACUGAAAGAUUUGUAGAUGAAGAUUUGGUCCUGAUGUCUUUUGAGGUGUUUUUCAGCUCUAAAGUUCUUUGAAAUGUUUAGCCUGUGUCAGAACUCAGUUCAUCAGUCCCUUGUACUCAUUGUGCCCCAGCCCCUGGCAAUUUGCCUCAAGAUGGAGAUUUGAAAAUAACUUUAGCUGAGGCCAAGGGUGUCUGAAAUGCCUCCUAGUUUAAUUCCACGAGCUCCAGUUCCGGCCGUAACCCAUGCCUGUGGCCAUCCUUGGGCUCACACAGCCCUGGGCCUUCUGGCAGGCAAGCCAGCCCCUCACCUGCUCUAUAGCUUCGCCUUCUCUGCCCAGGGCUGAGAGGGGCCAGGGGCCAGCUUCCUGCAGGGCCUCAAGGCUCAGAAGAAAUCUGGCUCCAGCCAGCAAGCCUGCAGCACCCAGGUUCCUGCUCCCCACUGGCCCCUGGCCCAGGCCCACACCCUUGGCCGGGCCCCAGAGAGUGUGUGUCUAGGAAGAACCUGGUGGCUGGAGAGAAACACAUGGAAAGUUUGGCGUUUGGAAAUAUCGAGGGUGUAUGUCCAUGCGCUGAGGAGGUUACCCUGAAUCCUAGGCGGGUAGAUGGGCUGGAGGGUGAUGGGGCUGGAGGUGGGGCCUGAGUGUUGGUGGGGAACAGAGCUCAGGCUAGGGACAUGACAGCCCCAAGCUUGGGAAGACCUGGCCUCACAGCCCUCAGCCUGGGACAGGGUGGAGAAGGACCCUCAGUUGUCCACAGGAGAUUAAGGAAACACAGCCUCCUUCCCCUCCUGCUGGAAACGCCCCAGCACAGCCUCCCUGGCCGGCUUCUCGGCUUCUCGAGUGUUUCUUCCUUCCACCGUCAGAGAGGCACCUUCCCAGGCUGCCUCCCAGCAUUGUGCAAGGCCCGGAGGAGAACCAGGAAGUGAAACUGGGUGAAACAGAAAGCUACAUGGACCUGCCACGUUCCCACAUCGUCGUGGGUCACUCUGCUUCCCGAUAGUGUCACGUCUUCUGGUCACUGGAACCCACCUAGCCCAGGAAUCAGGACACUCCUCAAGGGUUUUAUCUCCACUGGAUUUGGGGGUUAAAAGUCUCCUGAGACUCCACAGCCAGAAACUGAAGGCAGCAGCUCACCAAAGGCUGGAAAAUCCCUAAGAGGAGAAGGUCUGAGGCAAGAGCUGGAGUGAUGGGGGAGGGUUGAGGGAAGGGGCCGGGGUUGGGAGUACAGCUGUGGCCAGGGAGAGGAGGAGGCAUUGGUGAGAGCGGUCUGCAUAAUGCUUCUGAGUUCAGGACGGUGUUCCAAGGCCGAAAUUACAGUCUCUUAACCUGGAGAUACUCUUCAUGGGAGCAUUUAGCUCGUGCUUAGCACACAGUAGGUCCUCAAUAAAGCAUGGUUGAAGGUCCGGA